CCGAAUCAAUCAAAAAAACGAGGAAGACGGACAGACAUAAGUAGAGCAUCUGAAUCAGGAAAUCUACUUAUAUAAUAACCGCAUCUUUCAGCACAACAGACCAACCUGCAGCCUCUGAACUUGACACAUUUAUAGUCCUACAACUUUAAUAUUUGUAUUUAAAGUAGAAGGCGGAAAGUUUUACUCAGGAUUUUGUACUAUGCCACGCAAGAAGGUGACAGAUGUGUCCGGGAACGGUGGAUUGAAGAGGAAAAGAGGAGGUGGAAAGAAAAAGGAAAGAGAGUUCAGCAGUGAUGAUGAGUUUGAUGACUUUGAACAGGAAAACACCAAGAAACCUGGGAAACCAGCAGCUAAAGCGGGUCUGCAACCGGUCACUGUGGCUGAUGAUGUGAAGGAGAAGAUUAAACUCGAGGUUCCCAAAGUUAAAGGUCAGCUGCUCGUUUUUGGGGCCACCAAUUGGGACCUGAUUGGCAGAAAAGAAGUGCCAAAACAGCAAGCUGCUUUCAGAAACCUUGGUCAGAAUCUGUGGGGUCCACAUCGCUAUGGAUGCCUCAAUGAUGUCCAGGUUAGUUGUGUGGUGUCUGGACCUUGCGCUGCCCACAGUCUCAUAAUCACCACAGAGGGCAAACUCUGGAGCUGGGGUCGUAAUGAUAAAGGACAGCUGGGUCACGGAGACACUAAAAGAUUGGAGGCCCCAAAACUGAUUGAGGGCCUGGGGGAGGAAGUGAUUGUAGCAGCUGCUUGUGGUAGAAACCACACCUUGGCUUUAACAGAAAAUGGUACUGUCUACACCUUUGGAGAAAACAAACUGGGGCAGCUAGGCCAGGGCAAUCAGACCGAUGCAGUGCUCAGCCCAGCUACAAUCCAGUACAACGGACAGCCGAUUGUCAAAGUGGCCUGUGGAGCAGAGUUCAGUAUGAUCGUGGACUGCAAGGGAAAUCUAUACUCUUUUGGCUGCCCAGAAUACGGACAACUUGGGCAUAACUCUGAUGGAAAGUUCAUUGCUCGUGCCCAGCGCAUUGAAUUCGACUGUGAGCUGAUACCUAGACGAGUGGCCAUUUUUAUUGAGAAGACCAAGGAUGGCCAAGUGCUUCCUGUGCCCAAUGUUGUGGCUCGGGAUGUAGCAUGUGGCGCUAAUCACACGCUGGUGUUGGAUUCUCAAAAGCGUGUGUUUUCGUGGGGAUUCGGUGGAUAUGGACGUCUUGGCCAUGCUGAACAGAAAGAUGAAAUGGUCCCUCGAUUAGUCAAGCUGUUUGACUUCCCUGGACGUGGUGCAACUCAGAUAUACUGUGGAUAUCAGUGUUCCUUUGCUUUGAGUGAAAUGGGCGGCCUUUUCUGGGGAGUGACAAAUACGUCCCGUGAGUCCACCAUGUACCCUAAAGCUGUACAGGACCUGUGCGGAUGGAAGAUUCGCAGUUUGGCCUGUGGGAAGAGCAGUAUUAUCGUAGCAGCUGAUGACAGCACCAUUAGCUGGGGACCAUCACCCACAUUCGGAGAGCUGGGCUAUGGUGACAACAAACCUAAGUCAUCCACCACUGCCCAAGAAGUCAAAACUCUGGAUGGGGUGUAUUCCGAGCAGGUGGUGAUGGGCUAUUCGCACUCCCUGGUUAUUGCUCGGCAAGACACCGAGCAGGAGAAGGAGAAGCUGAAGAAGCUGCCCGAAUACAAUCCACGCACUCUCUGAUGUGACCCCGCUCAUUUCCUCCAGGGGCUUUUUGAAAGAAAAUCCUCUGUUCGAUAGGUCACCUGGGUAAUCACAGUAUGGUUGGGAUGGGAUCGUUUAUUUUUUCCUUUAUAUUUUGGACAUCAAUUUACAUUUUUGAGAGACAAGCCAGGUGUCGGAUGAAAGUGUUGAAGUUGCUUUAACUGAUCUGUGUAGGCUGUGGCGUUUCAGAUGCUAAAUGUUUUAAAUACACAAUAGAGCCAGCAGCCGCUCAAAGCACUCGGAUUCCACUGGAUCCUUCCCUUUUACUUAUACAUUCCUAAUGGAAGUUUAUCACUUAUUGUAACUUAAUUGUUUUGUUUUUGUUUUUCCAUAACAAUGACUGUGAGAUCCGUGUCUGCUCUCUUCCAAAAAAAAACAAAACAAACUGGUGCUAAAUCGUUUUAAUGCAGACUAUCAAUGGGCUAGCGGUUAACUAAAAGAUGACAAACUCACUCCAUUCUUGUGCCUUUCUAAGUGAGGUGAUUCAGGCUGAGGAAGUUCAGUUAGUCCUAGGACAACUCAUGCAUUAUGGGGCACUUCACCCUUCUGAACAUCACUUCCAUCUCCGUUAUAUCAUCAAAUAUAAGAGCAUCAUUUUCCACACCAUGUAGCUAAUGAGUUGUUGGGUUUUUCUCCCCUCUCCCCCAUCCAUGUUUAAAAGACAGACUCCUGUUAAUCUGAUCAGGGAAGUAUUAUCAACUCCUACAAUGCAAAUGAGACAUCAGCUGUGAGAUUUUUAUUCAAUUCAUUCUCCCUUUUCUAGAAAUGUAAGUCAUUAAUGUUCAUCGCUUGUAUUGUAAACUACAGAAAUGCUGUUCUCACGUGUUGAUGUUAGCAUGUUUUGGAAAUUCUUUGGACUUGAUGUUGAGAAGAGUCGGAUUGUCCUGUAAUCUGGGACCACAGUGUCUUUACAGAGCAUCAUUUUCUGAAAUACUGUGCCAUUUCUUUGUUCACCUGGGCUUAAACUGUGAUGGCAUUUUUUCUUUCAUCAUCUGGAAGUCCAUGCAAGAGUCCAUCCACUGUUUGUGGGUGAGCGACAAGCUCAUGUGUGUUAUGUUGUGUGAAAACAGCCAUUUUAAAUUGUGUACUUCAAAAGAAAUGUUCAUUGGUUUAGGCAGUGUGUUUCCAGGAACUGGAAUUCCAACUCAUGCUUUGAUUUUCUUAAAUGUUAUUUUGUUUUCUUAAUAUUAAAUAAAAGUUAAUGUAAAUUGGUA